AUGGUGUGCUCUCCUAAAUGUGGAGAAGGAAAAAGAAUAAAUUAUUUUCUGAAUAUUUGUGAAAAAUGCUCUGUUUAAGACUGUGCGUAGUGUUAGGAUGAUAUAGCAUUAUGUUCUAAAUGUAAUGAUAACUUUUUAUUAACCAAUAACUAAUGUAUAUACUAAGGACAGGAAGAUUUAGUUUUUGAGAGAUAUCUAAGCAUAUUAUUGAAGGACAAGGUUUGUAAAGGAUAAAGCAAUACCUAAAAAGGAAUAAAUGAUGAUUAAGAUAAUAACUAAAACAAAUUAAAUGAGUAACAAAUUUGUUACGAUGAUUUAAUUACAUGUCCUGUUAUAAAUAAUUAGUUAAAUAACGAAGACUAAUUUUACUUGAAUAGCUUGGUAGAUGAAGUAAAUUAAAGAUUAUAUUUAUUUACUUAAUACAAAAUAUAGACAUAUAACUACCCAUAACUCAAUUUGCUUUUUGAGGGAAAAAAUAUAUUACCCAACAUGCUAAUCAAUUCAUGUGGUUUUGUUAAUAGUGAUCAAGCUUAUUUCUAUUGUAGCUAUGGAUAAAACAUAAUUGUAAAGUAUAAAAGAGAUUCUUUAUUAGGUACAAUAUAAUAUUAGUUUUAAGGGAAGGCUGUUUUUAUUAAUUAUCUUGGCUCAAUUUUACUAAAUUGGUAAAGUGGAAGAAUUCCAACUAUAGGAUAAACUUUUAUUAAAGUAUUGGACAUCAAUAAUAAUUCUACUUAAACUAUAAGUCUUCCUGCAGGUAAGUUAUACCGUUACUUGGAAUUGAAGACACCAAUUUUUAUAUUUUUGGCAGCGAACAAUAUUAUUGUUAUUGGAGUUUAUUAGAUCAAAAAAUUAGAAACAUAUCUUUCUCUUCUUGCUAAGCUCUAAAUAUGUCCUUACUACCAUCUUAAUUUUAAAUAAUUUCAACCAGUUCUAAGAUGGAAAAAUUUUAAUCUUAUUUUUAAUAGAACUGAAUAUAUAGUUCAGUCAUACUAUUUUACUGAUGGAUGCUUAUUUUAUAUAGUUAGUUAAGGAUUGAUGUAAGUCUAUUGUUUGAAACAGGCAUCUUAAUAAUAAGAUUAAUAACAAGUUCCUAAUUAAUUUGACUUUUCAAAUACUCUUAUAAGCUAAAGUUUGUGGGAUUUUUCUGGGAUUUUCCUACAUGAUAUUAUAUACAAGUUUCCUGAGCUAAUUGUAGUGAAUUAAUAAGAAGUCUUAGUAAUAAACCUCUUAUCAUAUAAUAAUACAUAAUAAAAUCAAACAAUGAAUAAUACAAUAAGCAAAGCAGAUAUCUUAAAAAAUUUUUUGUCUUUUCCUACAUAUGAAAUUAUUAAUUAAAUAGGAUACGUUAAUGUAAUCAAUCAAAGUAAAGUAGUAGGUAGCCAUUUUAUCAUAAAAGUUUAAGAUUUGGAAAACACUGAAAUGAAAAGAGUUUUUAAAUUUUUAAUUAUAAUUGAAAGUUUUAAUAUCAAAGCAAUUUAUUUAUAAGGAAAUAAAAGCUACUCUUAGUCAGUUGUAAGACUGAGAAAUGAUUUAGGAGCUGUAUUAGACAGUAGCUACAUAUAAUAACUCCAGAUAGUUAUUCUUUGGUAUACUUAGAUAUUUUAAAUAAUAGAUUCUAUUUCAUUGAACUUGAUAUAUCAAUCUUAGAUGUAUGAUAUAUAGGGUAUAACAUAACCUAAUUCUUUCAGGAUUUUGUUAUCUUCCAACUAUAAAUAUCUAACAAUUAUAAUGAUUGAUUAAACUAACUAAAAUGCUUUAUUUACUUUUCUAUAAUUUGAUUAAAGUAACUAAGAGCCUGAUGAAUUAAAGUAGUUCUAUAUAAAUUAUAACUCUAUUUAUAUUGAAAACUAGAAAAUAGCUUUGAUUUAUAAUACUAAUUUGAUAUACACUUAUGAUAUUGAAACCUAAACAGAAAAAACUAAGAUAGUUAUUCAAGAUUAACUAAUUUAAAAUUAAACUUUAUUAACACUUUCACCAUCAACUUAAUUAAUAGGCAGUUACUUUAAUUCAACUUUCUAUUUUCAAAGACUAGAUAACUCUAACUAAACGUUCUCUUAUAAGUUAAAAAAAUAAUUAUCUGUUUAAAAUUUUAUUAUAAUGUAAAGAUAUAGCUAUUAAAGCCUUUUAAUAGUUCUAACUGAUACUGAAAUCGUUCUUUUCAGUUGGUAUAAAGAUGAUGAGCAAGAUUUAAUUUUGGAUUUUUAGUAGGAACAAAUAAUGUCUUGUAUAGGUAAAAAAGAAGUUAUUUAUCCAACAGAUGAUGAGCUUGCUACAGAUGACUCAGGAACUAUUUAAAAUUUUCUUUAUGUAAAAUCAGAUGGUUAACUUAUUUGUAUUGUUAAUUUAUAAGGAGUUGAAUUUACUCUUCAAAAUAGGAUAGCAUCAAAAGUUUAUAUAAAUGGUAUAAAUAUUUUAAAGAGAUAAGAAUCAUUUGAUUAAAAUGAAGGAAUUAAACUUCUAAAAGCUGAUAUAAUUGCUAUUAAAGGACUCAGCUCUACUUAUCUUUACUCUCGAGAAGAUGAAUUUGACAAUUUUUAACUUUAUUUUUAUAGUUAAAUUUCCUGUAUGAGCAUAGGAUUUUUGCUUAAUGAAUUAAUAUGUAAAAAUGGUGGUUUAAAAGAAUCUUACUUAUUUCCUCUUUAUAAAUCUCCAUUUUUGAUAAAAUAUAAUUUUUUAGACUAAGGUGAUUUCUCAUACAACAGAAAGGUAGAUCAUUUUACUUAUCUUCCUCAUAAACAAUUAAUAAUAAUGAAGUCUUCAUACAAAAAAUUUAAAUCAUUUUUUCUCAACACAAAGAAAGAAAUAAAUUUUUUUCAAACAUAUGACAUCUAGUUUAGUUAUUUCGGUGAUUAUGUAUCUUAGCCUGAAUAAGAUCUUUUUAGUGGAUAUUACUACGAUGAAGUGACCAGUAUUUUUAUUUAACUUUAACAAAACUCAAUUGUCUCUGCUUACAAAGUUAGCGAGGAUGGUUAGUAAUUUGAUUUUAUGUACAGUUUCAAAAGAAGCUAAAUUUUAUGUAUGGGAUUGAUUGCUAAAAAGAACUAUUUACUAUUUUGGCUUCCUUAAACCAAAAGCCUUAUAUGCUUUGAUUUUGUACAAGGUAAAGUAAUAAUUGAGACUUAAUCUUUAGCAAAUUAGAAUGAUAAAUCUAAAAAAUUGAUUGACUACAAUGAUGAAUAUCUUUAUUUUUAAAUUUAUCAAUCAGUAUAUAAAUUUAGUUUCAAAACUGGUGAGAUUAUAUCUCAUAUUGUAAUGAACUCGAUAAAAUUUAAUUAAUUUGUUUACUUUAGCUAAAUGUAUGUUGACCCAAAUGAUAAUUUUUUGAUACUAUUAAAUUAAAUGGAUAUAAUAAUACUCAAAAUGAAUACUCAAGAAUUAGAGUACCGUAGAUUCCAAUCAUAGCCAGAGUUUUUUAAUCCAAAUAUCAUAAGAUAAUUAAAUCUUAUUUUAUUAAUACCAGUUUCUUCUUCUAUUACUUACUUUUUUAAGCUUCCUGUAUCUGACAUAAAGGCUAGUACAAUUUAAAUUUACAAAACAGAUGUUCUGUAUAGUAUUUAUACUUAAUAUGUAGAUACAAAAAAUUAAAUCAUGAGUAUUUUAACUGUAGACUCAGUUAUUCACUUUAUAGAUUUGAGUUAAAUAAAUGAAACAAUAGCAAAUGAUUCAUCAUAAAAUAAAUAGAAAGUAAAUUCAACAGAAGUAAAUGAUUUUUAAUUAAAUGAUUAAGAUGAAGAAUAAAACUCAAAUUAAUUCAAAAAUUAAAAUGAGUAUGAUAUCGAUGAGGAGGAUGAUAUCCCAUAAGUAAACUCACUAAAAGAGUAUUUAUCAUUCAGUCUUCAUGAACUAUUAGAAGAUUUAGUCAACUCUAAUGGAUAAGAAAAUCCUAUGUUAUACCAUGCGCAACCAAUCAUCAAGCUCUUGGUAGUUAAUGAUUUGUUGUUACUCUCAGGUGAUAGUACAGGUGUAUACCUAUGGAGUAUAGAAGAAAUAAUUAAAUAUAAAUUUUUGGAUUUAACAAUGAGGAGCUUGUAAAAUUUAGUUUAUAAUUCUAAUUACGUAUAAUAAGAAUCUUCGUUUACAUUCUAUAAUUAAGAAAAAGGUUAGUUGUUUAUUGUUGAUAAACAAAAAGCAGAAAUUUAAAAAAGAAUAUAAAUUCAGUAAGAAGUUUAUACACAAAACUAUUAUUCAAAUAAUAGUUGGUAGAUGUUAAAUGGUAAGUAAGGGUAUUUCUCAAGCAAUCAAUAAUCAGAUGAAAAUAAUAAGGCUAUAUUAGUUAUCUCGCUUGGAAACGAUUUCUUAUUUUUUAAUUAAGAGGCACAAAAUGUUGGAAAUGCUGUAAACCUAUCCUCUUUUAAAUAAAUAUUAGGGUUUUCUAAUGGGAAUAUAUAAAACUUUUAAAUAAUUGAAAAUUAUCUUUAUAAAAACUAGAAUGAAAUUAUUGUCAAUAAAUUUUCAGCUAAUAUGUAUACAAGUUUUAAAAAUUUCUAGGGAUCUGAAGUUAAUUAAUAAGUAUUUCUUGUUCUCGAAAGUGGUUAAAUAGGAGUUAUAGAUUACAGAGCUGAUCCAUUUUCAACUACAGAAAACUACGAAAUUAUUCAGUUCUUUGAUCUCAAUAACACUUCAACAAGAAACAUAAUUUCAUGCAUGCAAAUCAACAGCCAAUUCAUAGUUUUACUAAAUAAUUUAAGUGAGAUCUUGCUUUUAUAAUAUACUCCAUAAACAGACUCUGCUGGAGAUUCAAAAUUGGUGAUAGUCAAAACAUUUAGUCUACCUAAUAUUUAGUUUAAUGAUAUUGAAUUUGAUGCUGAAAGAUAAAGAUUGCUAGUAUUCAGUUCAAUUAAUGAAUUCAUUUAUCUAUUGAACUAUUUACCAUAUACAGAUGAUAUAUAUCCAUCUCCAGAACCUAAUGUUUAUCCUUUUUAUUUUAUCUCUCAUAAUAUUUGUUUUACUUACCCUCAUUUGUAUCACUUCACAAUUGAUAGAUCAAGCGAAGACUCUCCUAUUUUGAAUUUAGAACUAUACUUAUAAUCUUAGUAAGGAUUCACUAGACUCUAAUUGCCUAUUGAUAUAACUAAAAUAGACUAAUCACAACGAUUAAGAAAUUUGUAUUUAGCAUAAUUUCCUGAGCCUAAUUGCUAAAGAUCUGAACUAUAUGAAAUCAAGCAAUAAGUGACGGCUCAAGCUACUUUAUCUAAUUAAGAAAAAGCAAAAUAUACAACUAAAAACUAUAAUUAUAUCAAAAAUUUAUAUUUAUCUAUAUUACAAACCAACUACAAGAGCAUCCAAAAAUACACUCCCAUGACAAUUAAAAUCAAGGUUUAAGAAUCAAUAAAGCCUUAGAGUUUAGACAUAUUUUCUAGCUUAACAAAUACAUAAGAUAAUUAGAUUUUGAUUUAUUCAGAAAACAAGAUGAACUCUACAAUAUCACUCAACCAAAACACAAAGUUAAAUUAAAGACAAGGUUCAAGCUUAGUCUUUUACAAUCUAACAUUUUUAAUAGAUAGCUAAUUUUAAUCAUAAUCUACAAAUUUUAACAAAACUAACUCAUUUUCUUAACAGUAUGGUAAUAGUUCAGUCAUUAAAAUAUUAGUACUACAUAAUUACCACCUAAACCAAAUGGAACACUCAUAUUUCCAUCGUUUUCUCCUUAAUAAAGCUGGAGAAUAUUAACCAAGUAGUGAUAAGUAGAUUAAUUCACUGAUUAUCUAAAAUAUAACAAAUGUAAGCAUUUUUAAUCUCCAAUAAAUAGUUACUUACAAAGCAUUUUUUAAUAAAAACUACUUAAUCUAUUCGUAUGGAGUUAUCAUAGCUAAAAUUUAGGAUUUUUAUGUUUAAAAUACCUAAAAUACUUUUUUCUUGUAAGGAGAUGUAUUAAACCUUCCUUAAAAUGAAGUGAUAGUGGGAAAUUAGAAUUUUACUUUAUAAAACUUAUAAAUUAUUAAUGCAACUUACCUAAUUUUACCCAGUGUAGACAUUUUAGACUAUUAAAUUCCAUUUAGUUCCUUUUUAAAAUUAGUUUGUAAAAAUGUUGCACUAAUUUAAAUUUUAUUUAAAGAUACCAAAUUUGAUUCUUCUCUAAUGAACAUUUAAUCUAAUCUAGCAAAUUUUAAUAAUUUGAAUAUAACAUAAUUCUAGCAGUCUCUAAGAUAUAGAAAUCCUUAGUGUAUUCAGCUAUAAAUAUAAAAUUACUUAGAAAUGAAACAAAUAAUUUACACGAAUAACACUAAUUUAUGCACAAACAUUAUCAACUCAAUGCUAGUUAAUAUAUAAAACUUUAAUAUUUUAUAAAAUAAGCUAGUGACAUCAUAAGCAAUAUAUUUAAGUGUUUCUAUACUUUAUAUCUCUAAAAUAACCAAUUUAAGAAUUCAAAAUUUAGAUUUAAUAGAAAAUUAUCCAAAUUUCUCACAAAAGUCAUUCUUAUUACUAGAUAAUAUCCAGUAAUUUAUUAUAAAUGAAUCUGAAUUUAUUUCUAAUAGUGCUAAUAAUACGUCUGGUGGAGCUAUUACAAUUUAAAACGAUCAAGACUUUUAUGAUAUCUUAAAUUCUUAAUCUUAGUCAAAUAUAACAAAUAGUAAAUUUUUAAAUAAUAGUUCACCAAAUAACUUUGCUGGAGCUCUCUUUAUAAACAAUGCUGAUAUGGAUAUUAAAAGCUGCUAAUUUAUUAAUAAUUAUGCUUAAAUUGGAGGCGCCAUUAGAAUUAUUUCAGCUAAUGUUAUUCCAUUAUUUUAUAUGAAACAUUUAGUUUAAAAAUCAAUCCAAUUUUAGAAUAAUACAGCUAAUUUUUAUGGUAAUAACAUAGCAUUCUAUCCAAAAGAAAUUAGAGUAUAUAGAAAUGAGUAAUAUACUCCUUAAUUAACUGUAGAAAAUUUCAGAAGUGGAGAUAGCUUGAAGGAUAUCUAGAUUAAAUUCAUAGAUUAUGAAGAUUAAAAUGUUUACCUGUAAGAUUUAUCAAAGAAAAGUAUAGAAAGCGUAGAUAAACUAUUAUCAUAUUCUUUAGAAAUUUAGGCAGAUAACAUAUUUAUUCCUAAUUAUUAGUUAUAUAUUAGCUAAGGCUCAAGAACAUAUUCCUUAAAUGCAACAAUUGUUUCUUAACCUUUAUCAAAGGAGUAGAUCACAAUUAGUACCAAGCAGCUUUUUCCAUUCCUUGUUUUAGACAAAUAAAAUUAAAAAAUUAAUAUAACGAAUAAACAACUAAAUACACAAAUAACUAUUAUUUCUAGGCUUUGCAAGAAAGGAGAAAUAUAUUCUAAAUAGAACGAAAUAAGUAUAUGUGAACCUUGCCCAGAAGGAAAAUACUCAUUUACUUAACCAUAAUUAGAUGUACUAGAAACUAAUUAGUGUAAGAUAUGUCCUCCUUUUGCUAAAUCUUGCAUUGGAGAUAUCAUGAAAUUAAAAAAUGGAUAUUGGAGGCAAAACGAUGAGUCUGAUGUAGUAUAUUUUUGUGAAUAGUAUUAAGAUAAUUGUAGAGCAGAAGAAUCUACUUCUAUUAAAUACUGUAAAUAGGGAUAUGUUGGUCCUCUGUGUAGCUCCUGUGAUAUCGAAGGUAAAAUAUGGGGAAGCAGAUAUGCAAGAGUUUCUGGUGUUUAUUGUAGUAGUUGUAAACUAUACGGAAUAUAAAUUGGAAUGUUUAUUGGAUUUUUAAUUUUAACUGUUUCAUAUUUAUUGUUUUUAAUGAAACAAAAUAUGAGCUGUGCAACUAAGAAAAUUCAAGCACAGUAUUUGAAAAUUUUAGGAAUUAUAAGAUUCGGAAAGAGUGCAUAGUUUGAAAGAAACUCAAUUUUGAGUAAAAUCUUGAUGCACUAUGUUUAAAUUUUUCUUAUUGUGCUGAAUGGUUCCCAGCUUUAAAUUCCUUCUAUUUUUAGCAUACUAUAAGUAGGUGGUGAUCCUGUUCUAAAUGUUUAUUACUCAGUUGACUGCAUCAUAUAACUAUUUGGUAUUUAGAUUGUAUUUGCAAGAAUUAUUUGGCUUAUCAUAUUCGUUAUAUUUUUGGGAUUAGCAGGAACAUUCUUUUGUUUUUUGCAUUAUUUGUUAAAUAAGUCUUAGCAAAAAUAAUUAAAGUACUAUCUUUCUUUUUGUUCAAUGGCUAUAAAAAUGGUUUUAAUUUAUACUUUCCCAGGCUUACUUAGUUAAAUAACAAAAACAAUAACUUGUGUAACUUUUGAUAAAGGUUCUUACUCUUUAGCUGAUUUGCAAUUUUCUUGUGAUGAAAGCAGCUAUAAAAAGAUUUCUUAUUACUUUGUUCUUCCUCUAUUUUUUAUCCUAGUUUUAGUAAUUCCUUUGGUUUACUUAUUGCGUAUCCGACGCAUUAUAAAGAAUCCUUUAAGAAUUUCACUGCUUAAAUCCUUUAGUUUUCUGUUUUAUGAUUAUAAAUAAAAUGCCUAUUACUGGGAAAUAUUAAAGCUUCAACUUAAGGCAUUAAUAAUAGUAUCAAAUACUCUACUUCACUCAUACUUAUUUAAUAAAUUAUUGAUAUCAUUAGUUUUAAUCAUGAUCUAUAUUUUUAUUCACUUGAGAGUAAAGCCUUACGUUAUGUAUGAAUUUAAUCAGCUUGAUUUAAUGGCACAUCUAGUUUGCAAUUUCACAAUUGUUAUCAUUCUGAUAUCUAUUUCAAGUCCUUUUGAAUCAGUAACUUAUAUUUGCUUUUCCAUUAUUGUUAUUAUGAAUUCCUUGUAUGUUUUAAGGCUCUUUAAAACAUAUUUCUCAGGUAUUAUAGUAUAGUAUAGCUAAAACCAUAGAUCAUUUAUUUAGAAGCUUUUAUUGGUGUUAAAAAGAAUCUUCCCCAAGUUUUUUAAUUGCAUAAACCUACAGAAGUAAAAUUCAUUUAAAAUAUUGCUUCUAUGGCAAACUCUCUCUAAGCAUGUCAUGAAUAAAAAAGAAAUGCUUAAAGAUUAUAAAUCAAUAAUUUCUUCUAUAUCACAAAAUAAUUUAUAAAAUGAGUAAAGUUCUCUCAAUAACAACCUUAUUUAUUAUAACAAUCUUAAGUAGAAUAUAAGCACAGCAAAAAAGCUUCAUCAAAUUGAUUAGACAAGCAAUGAUUAUUAUUUUAAUUCGUUAAUUUAAGCAAGUAAAGGUAAAGGAUGUGGAGUUUCGUAAAAUAGCAGCUUUUCUUAAAUGGAAUUAUCAAUGCAAGAACCUUUAGAUCACAACUAUCCUAAAUUUUAAUUCAAUAAAUAGAUGGUGAGUAUUUAUAAUAUGAAUGGUCUAAUUUUAAAUUAAGAUUCUCCAACAUAAAAAAUAAAUAAAAUGUUUAAAUAAAUAUAACAAAACUCAUAAAGUGCUAAAAAUUCUGACUCUGAUUCAGAUAUUCAUUAAUGUGAAAAUAAAAAGCUAGCCUCAACAAAUGUUUUUAGCAAUAAUAGUGUUUAUAAAGUCCCAUAAAGUGUAAAUUAAAGUUCAAAUAGCUUUCAAAGCUGCAGUAACUUUCUCUCUCAAAAGUCUGUUGAUAAACUUAAUUGUAAACAGAAUCAAACCCCUAGAUCUCAAAAGAAAAACUAUAUACAAAAAACAAUUAUCAAUAACAGAAUAAAAGGUAAAAAAUUUUCUUUGAGAGAAUAAGAAAUACCAAAAAUAUUGUAAAAUGAAAUUUAAGAAACACCUAAAAGUGAUAAUAGUCAAUAAGAAAAGAUAAAAAGUUUUGUAAAAUAAAAAUCAUUUUUUUCCAUAGCAAAUUAAGAAUAAAUUAAAUGUAACAUUCCACUAUAAAAUUAUUGCUAAACUUAAAUGUCAGUUAUAAUGAGCCCUGGUUAAUACAUAAAAUCUAAAACCUUAAAAGAUGAUUCUUUUAGAAGGUAAAAUGAGUAUGAUCACAAUGAAAGUUUUUAUACAGAAAAAACAUUUUAAGAUCUAAAAAUAAACAACCAAAUAUAAUAAAUACCUCUAUUUACUAACCUUCCUAAUUAAUAGAAACCUAUCGAGGUUUUUAAUUUUUCUAAUUUAGAGAAUUCUGAUUUCAAAUCCUCAAAAGAAGAAAAAAUUAUAAAAUAAGAUGAAAGUUUAGAUUCAUGUGAAAUUUAUUAAGUAGGUGAAGAAUCUAUGAAAAAGUCUUAAAAUUAAAUCAACAAUCUUGAAAAAUACGAUAAAAACGAAUAAUAAUAAUAAAUGUUAGAUAAUCUCUCAUCCUAAGAAAUAAACGAUAAUAAUUUUAAAACUAGUACAACUGCAAAUGCAAACAUUCCAAAAGAAUCAGAAAAGUUAGUAGGUAUUAAUUAGAUAGCUAAAUUGGUUAAAAGCGAUUCUUAAUGA